UUCUUGUCUUGCAUCUUAGCACUGUGUUUUGUUUUUGGGCAGGCACUGUAAAGACGCCUGUCAAGCGUGCAUCUACCGUGAAGAAGUACUGGACACGUAACUAUACACGUCAGGGUAAAGUUUUGGGGAAAUGUUUAGAAAAGAUCAAUUUCCAAACUAGAGGGAAGAGUGAAGCAAAAAAAUACAUGCAAGUUUCGCAAAAGGUAUUAUUGAUCGGAUGGCAAAGUGAAGUUGACAGUAGAAUUGUGCAGGCGUGCGAAUUAUUGGUGGUUUAUUUUGAAAACAGUUGCUCCUCUAACGCUUCACCCAGUGUCGGUAUGUUAGAGGAGUAUCGCCACGAAAUAUGAAUGGAUUUUUCCAAAUCAAUACGUACUACAAUGAGUUUAAGCAAGAGGUCGACGCUGCUUAUGCCGCUGCACCGAUACAACAGCCAACCCAGCAGCAGCAUCAGCAAUCCCAGCAGCCACCGCCACCAUCAGCAUCAUCACAACAAAUCGCCGUUAGCGACGGUAGCAUCACUUCCUCUGAGCACUCCUUGAGCAGAAAGGAAACAAACUUAACAAAGAAUCAGCGAAGGUUUUUAAACGAAAGUGAGGAAGCGCGGGAGAAGCGACUGGCCCGGAACGCGGAGCGUAUGCGCCAGAAGCGGGCAAUGGAAACGGAGGAACAAAGCCGAAAACGUAUGGCCGAAAACGCGGAACGCAUGCGAAGGAAACGAGCAGCCGAAACGGAAGAAGAGUACCGAAUGAGAAUGGAGCGGAACGCGGCAUUCAAAAUGACCGACGAGUAUCGGCGCCGCCUGACUGAAAAUGCCGAACGGAACAGACGAAGGCGCCAGAACGAGACAGAUUUGGAGCGGAGCAUUAGGCGGGCACGGAGCGCUGCCCGGGAACGGUUACGGCGUGCGAUGGAAACACCGGAACAGCGUGCGAUUCGUUUGGCGAAGUUAGCUGAACGGAUGCGUAUGACGCGCGAACGUUUGUGGACAACGAUCGAAACACCGGAACAGAGGGCCGAACGGUUGGCGAAGCUAGCCGAACGGAUGCGCUAUGCCCGUGCGAAUGAAACACCAGAACAGCGAGCGGUCCGGUUGGCAAAGAAUGCUGCCCGAGCGCGCCAACGUUUCCUAAACGAAUCGCCCGAACAGUGGAUUGAAAGGAAGCGGAAAAAGGCCGAAUAUGCACGCCAGAAGCGUGCCGCAGCAGCUGCUGUUGGUGUAGGUGGUAAUGGUUCCCUUUCGUCUACCAGGCCACCAUCCAAUACUACAUCCGUCAGUCACGGAAGCAGUUUGCAACACACGCCGAUGGGUUUCCCCGGACAUGCACCAACAACGUUGCCGGAAACAAUUCUCCAUACGAGUGGACCACAACCCACCAGCAGUUCGAGCAGCAAUGCGGCUGCUUCAUCGUUCGCUUUGAGCACAAAGGACAGCAGCAAAGGGACCAUGUCGUCGAAACACACGACCUCGAGUGGUUCCGUACAGUUGCAACCGGAACAAAUCUAUUCCACACCACAGGUCAUAUUUAGCGGUGGUGAUUUUAAACCGCACGAGCUGCUAAACGGGCAACACCUGGUGAUGCAGACCGACCCAAACUGUCCCAGUUCCAAUCUAUACAAAGUGCACAUACUGCCGUACCCGUUUCCGACGUCCGCGGCAGCGGGUGCGUCGCACAUGGAACAGUCGAGCGCCUACAAAACUAAGUAAUCGUCAGUUGCGCUAAUGAUGGCCAUACGGCAGACCGAGUGCUUCGUAUGUCGUGAGAAAUUUGUAAUAAGUUAGCCAAGUAGGAGGCACUAUAGCCGGGGUGCUAUAACUGCUGCUGCUACUCCUGCUGCAGAGCCAUUUGGAGCCAACCGUUUGGGCGAAGCAGCGAAUUUGAACAUUUUAUUAACUGCUAAAUCUUAAUUAAUCGAUUGAACGAUUAUGCAUAUUAGUGUGGUUAUUUGGUAUUCUAAUUUUAAACUUUCGCAUACUUGUACACUCCGUUGCAAUGGAGUAUCUUCCACGGAUUCUACGGUUCGACCGAGAAACGGUUUUAUGUGUUUUCUCUCUCACUUGCUAGUCGUCCUACUGGGGAAACCAGUAAUUGCAUGUUUCAGUGAGCAACAAAGAUAGUUUUGCUUCUGCCCCCAAAAUGUCCUUCCCAGUCCAUUUAUUGUGUACAUGCAUAUUAGCAGGAUUCAUCUGGUGAUCGCAGUGCGAUACUAAUAGCGAACUGUCGAAGAAAUAAACUUAUGAAUCAGUGAUUACAUUA